UUCAGAUAAGAGUGAAAAUAUCUUGUACUCUUACAUCCGUGAUCCUAAGAAGCGAGAGAACUCAAACAAAUCAAGCACUUCAAAUACGAGAUGUAUGGAAACUUAUGUGAAACAUGCACCUCAAAAGGGAUUAAAACACUAUUGUGUUUCAUCUUUACAUAAUUCACAUUGUAUCCUCGGUGCUAAAAAGAGGAAGCGGCAAAAAUUUAUCAUCGAGGUAAUCUAGCAUCCGGCGGUUUCUUUGUUCCUAAUUAUGCUUGCGGGAUCGGUCCUAUAAUCCUCGGCAGUUGGGCCUGGAGAUAAUAGGACCCGCAGUGACGGCAAAAAGUGGAAGGUGCAGAAGAACGCACGGCCGAACGUGCGCGGAAUCGCCCGAAUGCGUGCGUCCACAUUGCUUAUCCACCAGUAUCCGUCAGUCAGUCGGCUGCCGACCAUUGAUGCGGGUGAGUGUAUUUGGCGGUGUAUUGUGUUACACGGAAAUGUGAGUCUUUAUUAUCACGUGUGAAUAUAUCAUUAUUAUUUACGCAUAUUGUGCAAAAUAAGAUGUGAAUGUCAUCAACAUUAAAAAUGAUAUUGCCUAUUGUGAUGCUUAUUCUGUCGGCAAUAUUGGGUCUGGUCCAAGGAUGGGGCAUCAAUCACGGACAUGCCGGCACCGGCCCAAAAUGCGAAAAACUUAGCGUAUCUUUUUGUCGGGGACUACGUUAUAAUUUGACGGCGAUGCCGAAUUUUAUGGGCCAUGAGGAUCAACGACAAGCUGAACGAGGACUGACGACUUUCAUGCCACUGGUCCAUUACAAUUGUUCGAGACAUCUCAGGCUUUUCUUAUGUGCCGUCUUCGCCCCGGUUUGCUCGGAGCAUGUGGCAAUGCAGAUACCGGCGUGCAAGUCCCUCUGUCUUUCCGUAAGAAGAGACUGCGAGCCGGCUUUAACCAGUCUCACGUUGCCGUGGCCACACAUGUUGGAUUGCGAUCGUUUCCUCGAUCGUGGUAGAAACACAUUGUGCGUGCAACCACCAGAUGAAACAUUAGAUGAUGCUAAAUCAUCAGCUUUACCUACUGUUCAAUGGCCAGCGAUGCAUGAAGAACCACUGCAGACCACACGAAUACAACAACAUCAACAGCAACAACAUCAAUGUCCACCUCAUUUUGUACAAAUACCUGAUGUCGAAACGAUCUUUUGUGCACCUCGUUGCGGUACUGAUGCAUAUUAUCGCGCGGAAGAUAAGAGAUUUGCUGAGCGUUGGAUGACUGGUUGGGCGUGGUUAUGUUUUUUGUCAACACUCUUUACUUUGUUAACCUUCUGGGUUGAGCCAUCCAGAUUUCGUUAUCCUGAAAGACCGAUAGUUUUCUUGGCGCUUUGCUAUAAUCUUCUUUCUGUGGCUUAUAUCAUUCGGGGGGCAGUUGGCGGUGAAAACAUCAGCUGCGUUAGUCAGAUUGAUGGGCCAAGUUAUGUUCCAAUUCGCGAUGCCUUGAAGAAUAUUCCCUGUACUAUUUGGUGGAUAGUCAGGUAUUAUUUAGGAUUAGCUAGUAACGCAUGGUGGGCAAUCCUAUGUGGUUGCUGGCUUCUGAGUGCCAAGAAUGAGUGGAGCAGCGAAGCUCUUCACAAUAUUGCACCUUAUCUUCACGCAGCUGCAUGGAUUCUUCCAAUACUCUUCACAGGAGGAGGUUUGCUGUCGCACAAUGUGGUGGCCGAUGAAUUAACUGGAUUGUGCCAGAUCUCUGACGAAUCGGCAUUAUGGUUGGAAGUGCUACCGCAUACUCUGUUGCUGUUUUUGGGUUGUAUAUUUGGUGGUAUCGCUGGAAACGCUUUGAUCCGUGUGCGAAAGGCCGUGCGUUGUGCCGGACGCAGCGCAACAAAGCUGGAACGUCUAAUGACACGAUUAGGCAUAUUUGCAUUGUUAUAUGCAUUACCAGCACUGGGCGGUCUUGCCUGCGUACUGCACGAGGCUUCGGUGAAGCCGCGAUGGCGGAAACUGGCACUGCUUGCCGCCUUGGAUUGCCGUACGACUCAGAAUUGCGCUCCAGGUCCGAUCUAUCGAGCCGCCGGUCUCGAAAUUACCCUUCUCAGACUCUUCUUGUCUCUCAUAACUGGUGUCACUUCUGGCAUGUGGGUAUGGUCUAAUAAGACAUGCCGCGCCUGGAGCAAAUUACUUAGCGCACCCAGUAAGCCUAUUAAGAUGCAGAAAUCUUUUCAAAGCUUUAAACAUGACGGCACUGCUGCUUAAGAACUUUCAAGUUCGAUCUCCAAAACUUAUUCUAAUUAAUUUAGGCGAGAUAAAGGCGAGAUAAAGAUCUAGAGAACGUCUCGCGAAGGAAUCUGAAAAUGUAAAUAAAAAUUCUAACUUUACACAUAUGUUUUGGAGUCUUUUCUAGAGAUGUUUCUAUAGUAUUAGUUUAUAAAAAAGAUAGUUUUACAAGAUAGAUUUUAUAU